CAUAGUAGCUAUUUAGACCUCGUCUACAAUGCAAUCGACCAGAGAGGGAGACGAGACCCUCAGAAUCAUCAAUUCCCCAAACCCUAGAUUCCCCACGAAAUGGCGACGGAGAUCUCGUCGGAUCUGAUCAACCAACUUAACCUCUCGCUUCGUAAGAACGCCAACCUCUCCUCUUUCGAUUCCUCUUCCCUCAGCCUUCCCACAGCUCCGGAGGCGAUCGCGGAGCUCGAUGCUUCACCUCCUUACCUCCGUUGCAGAAACUGUGAAGGCAAGCUUCUGCGAGGGAUCGAGUCCCUGAUCUGCGUUUUCUGCGGUCAGCAGCAGCGGACGAGCGAUAAUGCUCCUGAUCCGAUCAAGCUCACCUCCACUUUUGCUUACCAAUGGUUUCUCACCUCUCUUGAUCUAGACGGAUCGGAGAUGGUGGAGGCAAUAAAGGAAACGAGUGGAUCAAGCAGAGGAGCUAAGGCACCUGUUGUAAAGGGAGUUGCUUUGUCUGAGUUUCUUGAUUUUGAAGUAAAAUGGUGUUCAAGAGAUGAAAAGACUGAUGGACUAUCAGUACAUAAUAAAAGCCCUCUGAAUCUAGGUGGAAUCAGUCUUGAUGAUUAUUCCGUUGAAGAAAGGGGAGAUCUUUCCAAAGUUGAGAGUAAACCGGAGGACGAUGAUUUUAAGGAUCCACGUAGUCUUAGCUUGUUUGAUAGUGUCAAGAGCCAAGGAGUUGUUGAAUCACAGCAGAAUGAUAAUGUUGGUUUGGUUAUGGGAAAUGAUGCGAAGAAGAAUGAGAGUCUUAGUUUGUUUGCGGGACGAGAUGGGCAGGAUAGUGUUUCUUUAGCAGAGCAGGGAAACUUUGGGUUCUUUGAGGGAAAAGAGUCUGAGCACUCUUCUUUUAAAGAGGAUGAAAAUCUUAGUCUGUUUGAUGGGAAAGAUGCUCCGAGAACUAGUUCUUCUAGAAAAGACGAUAGUUUUGGGUUCUUUGAGGGUAGAGAUGCCCAGAGAACAAGUUCUUCUAAAGAAGAUGAGAGUUUUGGUUUCUUUGAGGGCAAAGAUACUCAGAGAAACAGUGCUUCGAAAGAGGAUGGUAAUCUUGGUUUCUUUGAGGGUACAGAUGGUCAGAGAAAUAGUUCUUCUAAAGAGGAUGAAAGCUUUGGUUUGUUUGAGGGAGCACCAUCAUCAGAUGACAAGGUUGUUGCCUCUUCUUCUGAUUGGGAUUCUGACUUUCAAUCUGUUUCUCAGGAGAAGAUGAGUGGCGAUCCGUUUGUAAGUUCUCCGGUUGAUUUGUCUGCUCAUAUGGAUUCUGUCUUUGGGGCCGGAAAAACAGCAGAUUCUGCAACUGCUUAUGUUUCCAAAGGUGGUGAUUGGCUGCAAGAUGAUUUGUUUGGUAAUGUUAGUGGCAAGUCUCAAAACAACGAUAAGAAUGAGGGACAAGUUGUGGGCCGCAAUGGUAGUUCAUCCAUGGAUAUUGAUUGGAUGGGAGAUGAUCUAUGGCAAACCAGGGAAAAGAAAGCCAUUGAGAAGACACCUACGGAUGAUAAUGAUGAUGACGAUGACUGGAAUGAUUUUGCAAGCUCAGCGAACUCCAAGACUCCUAGUAAUCUUCUUUCUACAACCAUGGAAAGUUCCCAAGAAGAGAUAUUUGAUGGGCUGUCACAUGUUAAAAACGAUGUUAAAGAACAGAGCGAAUAUGAGAAGCAGAACACUGAUGCAAGCGUGAUAUCUGACAUAGCCAAAGGUCAAGAAGGUGAUCUCUUCGGAGCUUGGGAUAGUUUCGCAUCCUCAACCGUUUUGCAAACACCUGUGCAGCCUCCCACAAACCAUGUGAAUCCAUCUGCUGAGCAAGAUCAGGGAAUGAACUUGUUCGGGGAAAGUAACUCAGAGGAAGUCAAAGCAAUGCCUUCCAAAACCUCAACCUCAGAGAGAACGGGUGAUCCUGAUGGUCAAGAUCAAGUAACAACAGUAUCCCGCAAGUCAAAGAGUGAAGUUGCGGAGGAGCUGAUGUCACAGAUGCAUGAUCUCUCGUGUAUGCUCGAGACCAAACUCUCUGUGCCUCCAAUCUCCAAGGCAGAGUAAUAUUAUGUGACACACUGUACUAUCUAUCUCUCUUUCGCCUCUCCUGUUUUUUCUUGGGGCUCGAAGAUUGUUUGUAAUCACGUAUGUAUUCCAUUUUCAAUAACUCAAAAGAUCCAACUUGCUUGCA